AUGGAAAUCGAUGAUGAAGAUGUUAUCGUAGACGGCACUGAUUUGCAAAAGUAUUUGAACGCUGUUGGAUACUCUGAAUUUGAAGUUUCUAAACGAAAACCUGUUGAAAAGCUUUGUCCAACUGAAGUACUAAAAUGUUCAAGGAAAAUAACGAGCCCAAACCAAAAUCAAAAGGACUUUGGAUUGUGUGUAACAUUAAUCAAGAUAAUCAUGGAGAGUCAACUUAUUUUCAAAGAAGAUACUUUAUUUAUUAAGGAAUUUAUUCCAUCAAAACACUUUAAAAAUUCUCCAUUUCUUACAAAAAGGAAAAGUAUUACUCUACUUAUACGUGUGUAUUCUGGGUCUUAUGAAUAUGUUUUUUUCAAAAUUCUUGGGAUGAAUGGACAAUCUUGUUUUCACACAUAUGAUGGUAAAAAUCCUAAUGCCUUCAAAUACUUGUUAAUGCCAGAAUUAAGAACUUUGCUUAUAACUGUGUUACAAGAAUUGAUCAAUAAUCUUGUAUAUAAUGUAUCUGAAGUUCACACAUUUUUCCCUCUAAAAGAUCUGUUUUCCAACAUUGUUUAUUUGUAUAAAACAGACUGCAAAAUUGAUUUAAAAAACACUUCUUUUGAAAAUAUAAAUAAAGCCAAGUACACUUAUUUUUUAUUACAAUCAGAAUUCUUGAAACAGUCAGCUCUGUGUUUAUGUCCAGCAUUAUGGACUCCUCACAGUUUUUUUCAUUUGAACCGUCUAAUUGAAACUAUUAGUAAAAUUGAAGAAAUUUAUUCUAACUUAUAUAGUGUUUUAUAUGAUGAGUAUAAUGUUUAUUCUAUGUUCAAAAAUAAUACUAUAGAACAUACUAAACAACCAGUCCAGUGUACAAACAUAAAUUCUGAUUUGAAACUGAAGAUAUAUAGUAUUCGACAGUUCUUACAAAACAUGAUGGUGCAUGUUCGGUUCAUGGAAGACUCAUUUGAAAACUCUUCAGCGUGCAAUAUUGAUGAUAUAAAUAGUACAUUGAAUGGUUUAUUAAAAGAUGUCAGUGUUCUUAAUGAACUUAUUUCAACUUUACAAAUUAACAUUCUAAAAAAAAAUAAUAAUCAAAGAGAUAAAUCUAUAUUAACUAAUGAUUCUAUUGGAGUAACUGACCAUAUAGAUAUAGAAACCAAUGAACCAAUCAAAGAAAUCUGUGAAGAUGAAUUAUUUUUUGGUGUAUCUGAAGAACCUACUGAAAAUAUGGAAAAUAUAUUUUGUAAUGAAGUAAUAUUUGAUAAGUCUAACAAUCAUAAUUUAAUGUUAGAAUUGAAAGUGGCGCUUAAAGAUAAACAAGCAGAAUGGAAACAACGAGAAUGCAAGUUGUUAGAAAAACAUCCACAGUUAAAUGACUUAUCUGAUGAUGAUGAAAGUAAUGAGACACAACAAGUCCGGUACAUAAAUAAAGUGCGUAAAGUAGCAUUAGACUUGCCCCCCAAUGAAAGCUUUUCCAUGCAAUUUCCUGAUAAAAGCUUUGCUAGUGAAAUAGCCAUGGUUGCUUGUAAACGGAAUACAGCAAUUGAGUGUUUUGGAGAUGAUUCUGAUUCGACUACAUCAAUAGACUCAAAUGAUUCUUAA